AUGACUAUGAGCAACCUGGUGUACUUGAAUCUUGAUCUCAACUUCUUCACUGAUGACAUCAUGAGGUCUAUGUCUGCUUUUCCAUCCCUAAGAUAUCUUUCAAUGAAAGGUUCUUUCUUAACUGCGAGAGGAACACUUUUUGCAAAUGGACGCCCUAAUUUACCUUACUUGGAAGUCCUUCUUUUGACGAUGAAUGGAUUCAGUGGAACAUUACCAAUAGACGAUUUGACAUAUUUCCACAAUCUAGAAGUCCUAGAUUUGAGUUCCAACAAUUUUGUUGGAAGCAUCCCGUUGACAAUAAAGUCAUUAUCUUCACUUAAAGCUAUCUCAUUAGCUGAAAAUAUGCUCAAUGGAUCACUACCUAAUGGUUUAUGCGAGUUAAAAAACCUCCAUACGUUGGAUCUUAGUCACAACAAUUUCCAUGGAAGCCUACCUGAAUGUUUUAACAGUCUAUCAUUUCUUAAGUUGUUUGAUAUUUCUUCAAAUCAGUUUACGGGAAUGCUUCAGCCAUCUCUAAUAGCGAAUCUCACAUCUCUAGAGUACGUUGAUUUUAGUCAUAACAAAUUUGAAGGCUCGUUCUCAUUUAGCCUGUUCUCCAAUCACACAAAGCUUGAGGUUGUUGCAUUCAUAAAUGACAAUGACAACUUUAUGUUUAAAGUCGAAACGGAACAUCCUGCAGGUUGGACUCCUAUGUUCCAGCUGAAAGUCCUUGUGCUUUCUAAUUGCAAUUUGAAAGUUAUUGUUCCUAGUUUUCUGCUUUGCCAAAAAAAGCUAGAGAUAUUAGACAUGUCAUACAACUCCUUGGAGGGACGGUUUCCUAAGUGGUUGAUCGAAAACAAUACAAACUUGCAAGUUAUUCAUCUCGGAACGAACUAUUUUAGUGGUAGUCUUAGCAUGCCAUAUAGGAUUGUUCCUUAUAUAUCUUAUUUGAAUUUGUCUAGAAAUCUUUUCGAUGGUGCUAUUCCGCCUUCCCUUGGUUUGUUGAAUUCGAUGCACGUGUUGGAUUUGUCUCAUAACAAGUUCUCCGGAGAAGUACCGAAGGGAUUGUUGACAAAUGGUUUUAGUUUAUUAAAACUAUCUAAUAACAGUUUGCAUGGUGAGAUACUUUCAGGAAACUUCAGUUUAGGAUUGAUUGAGAACCUUCUCUUAGAUAGCAACUGUUUCACGGGGAAUAUUGGAAAUGAGACCAUCACAUCUUGGGAUGAUUUUUUAGUAUUGGAUAUUAGUAAUAACUUUUUUACAGGUUCAAUCCCUGAUUGGAUAAGCAACAUCGGGGGUGCCUUUGUGGCAAGAAAUAAUCGGUUAGGAGGUCAGUUACCUUGUGGAACAACUUCAUUAAGCUUUCUGGAUAUAUCACAAAAUUAUUUUUCAGGAACGAUCUCAUCAUGCUUAAAUAUUCAAAGUCUGGAGCAUCUUCAUUUGGCUUCCAACCAAUUUCAUGGAUCAAUACCCAAUUCAUUUCGUAAUAUGACUAAUGUUUUGACUUUGAGCAUUGGCGACAAUAGCUUGUCAGGAAGUAUUCCAAAAUUUGUUGGUGAACUAGUCAAUUUAAGGGUUCUUCUUUUGGAGAAAAAUGAAUUUACUGGUCCUAUUCCAAAGGAGUUGUGCCAAUUAACUAAUGUGAGUCUCAUUGACUUAUCUAGUAACUCCCUUUCGGGUUCAAUACCCGCCUGCCUACAGAACAUUACUGGCCCAAGUCACCUUGCUUAUGAUCACAUAUUCAUUCCACUAUCUUUGGCCCAUUUUUAUUCCAUUGGUGAAUAUGAUAUUCUAAACAAAGCAUAUAGUUCCAUUGAACAGUCUGACAUUGAAAUCUAUGACAUACAAGACGAAGUUCAGUUUACAACAAAACGAAUGUCUCGCCCCUACAAAGGCAUUGUCCUUUAUCUUAUAUCAGGAUUGGAUCUAUCAUAUAACAAGCUGUCAGGUGAUAUUCCACAAGAACUAGGGUUGUUGAGUAAGAUUCAUGUUCUAAACCUGUCUCACAAUCAACUGACUGGGUCCAUUCCAGUGAACUUCUCUAAUCUUGCCAGUAUAGAGAGUUUGGACCUUUCAUUUAAUAAUUUGACGGGCGAAGUUCCAUCAGAAUUCACAAAGCUAAACUCAUUAGCUGUUUUCAAUGUCUCUUUUAACAAUCUAUCAGGUAGACUCCCAGAAAUGAAAGGACAAUUUGGAACCUUUGGUAAAGAGAGUUAUGAAGGGAAUCCACUUCUUUGUGGACCACCAUUGGAUAAUAAAUGCCUGGAGGAAUCACAGGGAACUCAUCCAUCACAUGAAGAAGGAAAUGAUGAGAAAUGGUAUGAAAUGGAUAUGCGGAUCUGUCUAGCGGAUAACUUUAAGCUUGCGGAUUUACUAAAUUCUGGGUCAUUUCAAAUCUUGAACGCGAGUUCAAGUCACCGGUGUUUUUUGAUAAAUCCGCCAGGUGAGAUAACUUCGCCUCCUAGCGGCGUUGUUCCAAACCUGUUUUUUGGUGUGGGUUUCCGGCGGAGGUUGCCGGCGUAUUUGGGGCAACCUUUAGACGAUCCGUAUACGGUUACCGGCGUACUUGUUACAUCUCCGUCGACUUAA